GAUCAGCCCGCCAGCUCCCCCGCAACCAUGAGAGCAACUCUGCGCGCGCCAUGGCUGCCCAUAGUCAUCGCUGCGCUGCUUCUGCUCGCCGCGGCCCCGGCGCUCGCCUCGCUGGGAGACCGGCUACCAGACUUUAAGGACUGUGUCAAGGUCUGCAUCGACGCCAAUUGCGAAGGGCCGGACAAGACCCCCAUCCCGCUCCAGCACCGGUUGCUCUUCUGGACCUGCCCGGCCGAGUGCGACUACACCUGCCAGCACGUGGUGACGGACAAGCGGCUGGCGCGCGACCCGCCGUACCGGGAGCCCGUGGUGCAGUUCCACGGCAAGUGGCCCUUCUACCGCUUCCUGGGCAUGCAGGAGCCCUUCAGCGUCGUCUUCUCGCUGCUCAACUUCCUCGCCCACGACUGGGGCAUGGCCCGCGUCCGCGACACCAUGCCCCCCGAGUACCCGCUCCGCAAGUACUACCUCCUCUUCGGCUACUUUGGCCUCAACAGCUGGAUCUGGAGCAUGAUCUUCCACACCCGCGACUUCGCCUUCACCGAGAAGAUGGACUACUUCGGCGCCGGCGCCAGCGUCAUGUACGGCCUCUACUACACCCCCAUCCGCAUCUUCCGCCUUGACCGCCCCGACCCCAACAUCCGCUCGCUGCGCCGCGCCUGGACCCUCCUCUGCAUCCUGCUCUACCUCGCCCAUGUCACCUACCUCUCCCUCUGGUCCUGGGACUACACCUACAACAUGGCUGCCAACGUCGCCGCCGGCAUCGUCCAGAACCUGCUCUGGUCCUGGUUCUCCAUCACGCGCUACCGCCGCCUCAAGCGCACUUGGGCCGCUUGGCCCGGUCUUAUCGUCGCGUGGCUCAUCAUGGCCAUGAGCCUCGAGCUGCUCGACUUCCCGCCUUGGCGCGGCAUGGUGGAUGCCCAUGCCCUGUGGCAUCUGGGCACCGUCGUGCCGACGGUCUGGUGGUAUAGCUUCUUGGUCAAGGACGCGGAAGAAGACAUGCAUGGCGCGAGGCUAAAGGCAUGA